AUGACACAGUUGAACCUUACUGGGUGUAAGAAAAGGAAGAGAGGGGAGAGAGUUUUUAAGUUGAGGACCUUCUGCGAACCUGGUUACCCAGUUGAGUUCAAUGGCCUAUUUCGCCAAAACAUCAGAGCCUUAAUUGAAUUGGGGACCCCUGAGACAAAUUUGUGCAGUGGAAUGCAUAGCUGGUCCUUCCAGCUUGAACUCCAUCAAUGCCCUUCCGUCCAUAUCGUGCUUCUUGUCAUUGAAGAAUCGAUCGAAAGGUCUGCAUAUCGUAAUUGCAAUCACUGCAAAUACAUGGGCUGGGGGCACCACAUGAUCUGCAGCAAGAAGUUUCACUUUGUAGUGUCCUCAAGGGAAACCAUGCCAGUGAUUGCAGCAGGUAUAAGCUAUGAAGGCAGUUGUAGAGGGUCGGAUCAGAAGGCGGCGAAGUCGAACUUUGUAGGGUUACAAGGCUACCUUAUGCAUGGGGUCUUGCACUCUAAUGGGUUUGGGCAUUUGCUCUGUGUAAAUGGAGUGGAGAAGGGAGCAGAGUUGGCAGGGCAUGAGAUCAUGGACCUUUGGGACCGAAUAUGCACGGCACUGCGGGCAAGGAAGGUGAGCAUAAAUGAUGUUGCAAGGAAGAGAGGCAUGGAUUUGAGGUUAUUACAUGGGGUGGCAUAUGGUGAACCUUGGUUUGGACGAUGGGGCUACAGGUUCAGCCGUGGAAGCUAUGGUGUUACUGAACCAAUGUACCGGAAAGCCAUAGAAGUUAUCCAAAGCAUACCUCUGUGCUUACUUGUUCAUCACUUUGGUUGCUUGAAUCAUGAAAUUCCAGCCAUAUUUACUCGGUACCAAGCACUUUCAGGUCAUUCCUUGGUCACACUAGGCCAUCUGUUCCAUUUCAUGAUAGAAUUGAAGGUCCACCUUCCACAAGAGAAUCACAUGGCUUCUGAUAACUCUGGAAUUCUGUUUGACACAGCAUGUCGAUGGUCUCCAAAGCGAAUUGAAAUGGCGACACGAGUUAUUGUUGAGUUUUUAAGGAAGGCAGAGUUCAAAUGGGUCUCAAGGCAAGAAGUUAGAGAUGCUGCUCGUGCCUACAUUGGUGACACAGGUUUACUUGAUUUUGUACUGAAAUCACUAGGAAACCAUAUUGUGGGGAAUUAUAUGGUUCGGCGAAGUUUAAACCCAGUAACCAAAGUCCUAGAAUAUUGCUUGGAGGACAUCUCUAGUACAUAUCUCAAUCAAGAAGGUUUGUCACUGAAUGAUCCCAAAGGAAAGGCUUGUCAUAAGAUUACAAGAGCUCAACUCAUGAAUGAUAUUGCCUACUUGUACAGAUCCAUUCUCAAUGAGCAGAGAUCAGUGCUCACUUCAGGUAUCUUUACCUCCAUCCCAUUAGCUACAAGGAUAAUUCUUGACUCCAAGGGUCUUAUCAAAAAUUAUGGAGGAGAGGUAGCUCCUAGUGACAAUGUGGGUGUUGAAGGAAAUCUGACGUUCCUAUGCACAGCUCUGUUGAAAAACAAGCUUGAUGGUGAGGAAGAGAAAAUUAGGACUUUACCACCAUAUGAAUUAAUAAUUUUGCCUCUUGAUGCUACCAUUGAAGAGCUUAAGAAGGAAACUGAAAGGGUCUUUCGUGAGACAUACUGGGGUUUAAGGAGCUUCAUCAUUGAGUCGAUCUCUGGUGUGAAUGCCAAGGAAUCAGAUAUGAUUUUCAGACUAGUUGAAUUGUGUUGUUGCCUUGUUAUGGAGGGAAGGAUGGUAGAGGAGGGGAUUGGCAUUGAUGAUAUAUAUGAAAGUGGAAGAGAUGACUGCAUUGUAGAUUGUCCUUGUGGAGCCAAGGAAGACGAUGGUGAGCGGAUGAUCUCAUGUGAUAUUUGCGAAGUUUGGCAGCACACUCGAUGUGUUCGGAUCCCAAAUGGCGAAGAUAUUCCCCAUAUAUUUCUCUGCAGCCGCUGUGAGCAUGACAUUGUCCUCCUUCCUUCCCUACCAUAA